AUGUCUGGUCCAGGUGUUGGCUACGAAUAUCCCCGAACAGAUGUCUCCUGGUUAAAGCGAGACGUACUCUUGUUCGCAGUGAGCAUUGGUUGCACUGUGGAUGAAUUGCACUUCAUCUAUGAACUGCACCCCAAUUUCGCCGUCUUUCCCACCUAUUCAAUUAUCCUUCCCUUCAAGAAGACCUCGCAAGAGGUGAUCGACUUCUACGCCGCCCAGGCAAGCAACCCUAUUCCCGGUGUUCCCAAGCUUGACUCUAGGAGAGUGGUCGACGGUCAACGCCUGAUCCAAUUCCUCAAACCUCUCCCUCCGACAUCGGAGGGCAGAAAAUUUGAGCUGCGAUCCAAGGUUCUCGGUGUGUAUGACAAAGGCAAGCCAGGCACAGUCGUCGAGACUGAGCAGACCAUUGUGGACAAAGAGACUGGUGAAGUUUACACACGGGCUGUCGGGAGUGGGUUUUUCGUCGGCCAGGGAGGAUGGGGUGGACCCAAGGGGCCGGCGACCGUCAACUACCCGCCACCGAAAGGCAGAGAGAAGAGCCCAGAUGCGGUGAGCGAAACACAAUUAACUGCCGAGACUGCGCAUCUGUACCGACUUAAUGGUGACUAUAACCCUCUCCACGCAACACCCGAACCAGGUCAGAAGAUGGGCUUUGGCGGCACCAUCAUGCACGGCUUGUUCAGUUGGAACACCGCGGCACAUGCGUUGUUGAAAGAGCUGGGCGGAAGCAAUCCGGCCAACAUGAAGGAGUUCCAAGCCCGAUUUGCAGCACCGGUCAAGCCGGGUGAUAAACUUACCACCGAGAUUUGGAGGACGGGCGAGUAUAAGGAAGGAUGGGAAGAAGUCCGAUUCGUGACGAAAGUGAAUGGAAAGACUGUUUUAAGCAAUGGGCGAGCAUUGAUGAAGUGCGUUGGGAGGAGCAAGCUUUGA